CUCGUGUCACUUGCUAAUCCCAAAAUCUAGCAAGGACUCGGUCCGUGGUCACAAAAAUGCCAGAGCCAUCAGAAGAUCUAAAGAACACACACACUACUGGCAAGAAGGGUACACAAGCCCGAGGAGGUACACCUGCAAUCCCUGCAGCAAGUUUGCGUGCUCACAACUGAACUACACGCCCACACAGUACCUCGCGGGCGAACCAGGCCGCAACAGAUAGUAGGCGGGUGGUGUCCCAAGGUGCAACUCACCGCCGCGCUGGCUCAGCGUGGCGGUGAGGAUGCACAGACGGUGGUAGUGGCGAGAGGUGUGUAUGGACACUGUUCCCGCGGCAGCAAUGCAAAGCGGCAAACUGCACCUGGCAACCACCGUCGCGGAAAGCGUGGCCCACAGAGCUGGAGGAGUAGAGAGAUUCGUAAACACCACGUCAAGAGGCUGGUACACGAGCGGAGCACAGCACAAGAUCUCCGAAGCGUCGGAGGAGAUUAAGGCGGCCCAGCAGCAACUGCGUGGGGCCCCAAAGAGCAGCGCCUUCGAGGCGACCCUGAAGGCGAUGCUCAAGGCGGCGCGGAAGAAGCGCAGCAUCGCGAGGUGGAGAGCACUGGAAACGUUCUUCGAGGGCUAUGUACGGCAGCUCGAGAAGAAGAGCCGCGAGGGGGAUCAGGCGGGUUUCUACAGGCACCUGAAGAUGAUCGACGUCGAAGGUAAGAGGUCGUUCACCUCUCAGAACAUCAAGGACGUGGACGGCAAGGUCCUUCGGGACCCCACGUUUAUUCGCCAACGGUGGGCACGGUGGUUCCACAAGCUUCUCAACACCAAGUCGCCGACCAUCGACCUGCAUGCGGCUGACAAGGUCAAGCGGUGGCCCACGUGCGUGCCACUCGACGACAUCCCAUCUCUACUUGAGGUUGAGGAAGCGGUACGGGAAAUGGCCAACAGAAAGGCCGUCGGGCCGGACGACCUACCGGCUGAGCUGAUCAAGCUUUUCCUGGACGGAGAUCAAGGAGCGAUGGCGGGGGGCGUGGGAUACCGGGGCGGGCAGGAGAGCGACUGGGUGUCUCGUCUAGGAGAGGACCUCGUGGCCUUCAACAUGGGAGACGAAAAGGAAAGGGGUAGAUGGAAAGAGAGCGCCGAGGACCCGGAGGUGUGGUACAACAAGGUCGAGGACGGGGCGGCAUGGUUCAUGAGGAAAUGGCACAGGCAGGAGGCGGAAGCGUCCACGAAGCGCCAGCGCGCGAGGGAAGCAGAAGCAGAGAGUACGGCCAUCUCAGGACCGAAGAGAAAGAGAGCCGGAGAAGCAGCCGUGGGGGGGAAGAAACGGCGACCAGGCACUGCUAUAGAAGCGAGCAGGGCGGCCGAGGCAGCACUUGUGGCGAACUCUAUGUACCCGGCUGAUGUUGUUGCGUCCUGUUUCCUUCCCUGCUAUCUAAUGUGAGAAACAACAACAAUAACUACAAUUCGACUACAGCAGCAGCAUCACCCCCCCUUGUCCCGCAUUUAACCGAAAUGAAUGUGUGUCGACUACAGCGUACUGCUGUCUGAAGUGCUGUCUGUACAGUAAUAACACCAUGGGGCAAGGCUCCCCAUUUUUUGUGGACUACAGAUCUAAUGUGAGAAACAACAACAAUAACUACAAUUCGACUACAGCAGCAGCAUCACCCCCCCUUGUCCCGCAUUUAACCGAAAUGAAUGUGUGUCGACUACAGCGUACUGCUGUCUGAAGUGCUGUCUGUACAGUAAUAACACCAUGGGGCAAGGUACACAAUUAAGGCACCCGGGUUAUCCGCGCCAUUACUGCUGCGUCUCUCUAUAAAACCAGUGACGUCAUCACACACAACCACCACCUAUAUUCAGGAAAAACACGGACAAUAAUCGACAACACGAGAGAUGUUUGUCCGUGCGCCACGGUUCGAUGCCAUCCGCAUGCUUCGGUUCCGCUGCUCCGGUGCCGCUGCUCCGGUGCCGCUGUGGCCAGUCCUAGCACGACCAAAAUCGACCCGCUCCGCUUCGUACACGCUCUCGUUGCUGUCCUUCCCAGUCGGUUCCUCGCUUUCUCCCUCGUUGCACUAGGGGUUCUUGGUCUGAAAAAUCUCGCGCCGAAGGUUCAACCAGCCCAAUCAGCUCGUCACCACCUGUCCCCUCCUCCUUUGAUGGCAAAACCAGGUUACUGAGACAGUACAGCUCCCUCUAGCAAACCUAGGGCCGUGCACUGCCCGUCCACCUUUCUGAUGACGUCUGCCUCCGCGCACAAAGAUGAGAUGGGCAUUGCUGCCUACACCGACGGCCUGGAGGCCCGCGCAUCUGCACCUUUGUACCUGACGCACCAGUGCC